CUCGCGAGGCGCCCCGAACUCUGCGUGUCCGACCCCAGGGAUGGAAGGGGCCCGGAGUGGGCGGGCGCGCGCAGCCUGACCCGCCGUCCUCGCCCAGGGGCCCGCGCGCGCGUCCCCGAGGGUGGGCGGGCCGCGGACGUGAAGGCGACUAGCCGCCGCGCUGGUGCUCAGGCCCGCGGCGGCCGCGCGCGCUCCCGCCGCGGCGCCGGCCGCGCCCGCCCCGCCUCUCGGCACCGGCCCGGGAGCCUGGUCCGCGACCGGCGGCGGUGGCGGCCGGAGGGACGAUGAGCGGCGCGACGCGGGCGGGCCCAGCCCGGCUCGCCGCGCUCGCGCUGCUGACCUGCAGCCUGUGGCCGGUGCGGGCGGACAACGCGAGCCAGGAGUACUACACGGCGCUCAUCAACGUGACGGUGCAGGAGCCCGGCCGCGGCGCCCCACUCACGUUCCGCAUCGACCGCGGGCGGUACGGGCUCGACUCGCCCAAGGCCGAGGUCCGCGGCCAGGUGCUGGCACCGCUGCCCAUCCACGGAGUUGCUGAUCAUCUUGGCUGUGAUCCUCAAACCCGGUUCUUCGUCCCCCCGAACAUCAAACAGUGGAUCGCCUUGCUGCAGAGGGGAAACUGCACGUUCAAAGAGAAGAUAUCGCGGGCUGCUUUCCACAAUGCUGCUGCUGUGGUCAUCUACAACAACAAGUCCAAGGAGGAGCCAGUCACCAUGACUCACCCAGGCACGGGGGACAUCAUCGCCGUGAUGAUCACAGAACUGAGGGGCAAGGACAUUCUGAGCUACCUGGAGAAAAACAUCUCCGUGCAGAUGACGAUCGCCGUCGGCGCGCGGAUGCCGCCAAAGAACUUCAGCCGGGGCUCCCUCGUCUUCGUGUCCAUAUCCUUCAUCGUUCUGAUGAUCAUCUCCUCGGCGUGGCUCAUAUUCUACUUCAUCCAGAAGAUCAGAUACACGAACGCGCGCGACAGGAACCAGCGUCGUCUUGGAGAUGCAGCCAAGAAAGCCAUCAGCAAGCUGACGACCAGAACGGUGAAGAAGGGCGACAAGGAGACAGACCCGGAUUUCGACCACUGUGCCGUCUGCAUAGAGAGCUACAAGCAGAACGAUGUGGUCCGGAUCCUGCCCUGCAAGCACGUGUUCCACAAAUCCUGCGUGGACCCCUGGCUCAGUGAACACUGCACCUGCCCCAUGUGCAAGCUCAACAUCUUGAAGGCCCUGGGAAUUGUGCCCAGCGCGCCAUGCACGGAGGGCGCCGCGUUCGACACGGAGCGGCUCACCCGUGCCCAGGCAGCUCAUCGGCGGCCGGCCCUUGGCGACCUCGCUAGCGACGCCUCCCUGGGCCUGGAGCCCCUUCGGACUUCGGGGACCUCACCUCUUCCUCAGGACGGGGAGCUCACGCCCAGGACGGGAGAGAUCAACAUCGCCGUGACAAGUGGUCACUUCUUCCAUCGGAGCUCCUUGUCCCCUCGGAGUCUGGCAUAUGAAAGUGCAUUCUCCACGCUCGAGCCUUCCUUCGACACGUACGAUGAAAACAAAACCUGAUUUUUUUAAAUGGGCCGUCUGGGCUCACCUCUUUUGUGAUUUGAUUUAUGAUCACCUCUCUUAAUGUGUACUCUUCUGUCAGCGUCCGUUUCGGAAGAAUGGCAGCGCUUUCCAAGCUCAGGUUGGGGCUCGGGGUUAAAUUGCAAAGGCGAGGCUCUGAGGACAACCUUAUUACCCGAGUGACCUGGUGGCACCAAAAACCCACCCAGAGCUGACCACUGAACAUGGGCCCCGACGAGCCUGGCUGUUUGUAGAGAAGAGGCGGCCCAGGGGUUAAUCUUGCAUCUUGAGCCCUCUCUGAAUAAUCCCAUGCUGUCUGUGUCAGGGCGAUGUUGGCGUUUUUAAUACCUUUGUGCUCCCCACUUGCGACACAUACUGACACCCUCAGGCACGCUUCUCACCGACGUGGGCACAGGUUGCUGCUGCGUGGCCCACUCUGUGCUUCCUGUCUCUCAUUCUACUUCCCGUCAAAGGGCCUCUUUCUAAAGUUCCUGCAAGGCCUUGCCUUCUGUCCCUCCCCUGAGACUGACCACCCAGGACACCAAGAUGGGACUGCAGGUACACUGUGCAGGGUUGGCGGUUGUCCACAUUGUCACAGAGCGUGACGUAAGGCGAUGCGUGCUUGUGUCACCAGCGACACACUGAGGGCCUUUCCCUGAGACCUGUGGGCUUAUUAGCUGGGCACCACUGAGGCAUGCGGGGACACGGCACCCAGGAGGCCAGCCCGGAAACGAUCUCAGGGUGAGAGCCAGCGGGCGUCAAACUCAGAACGGUUCCGAGUGCUUUCUUGAGCAGAUCACGAGGCCUCCCUACUGUGAGACACCAGAUGAACGCCCUUGCCAGACUUCACUAGGUCAGCCCAGUGACCUCCUGCCAGCCUCAGCGUCAGGAGGCUGAAGAAGAAGGCACAGGAGCUCACGGAACACGGUGGCAGCCAGCGCAGGGCAUACCUGGGAAGACAUCAAGUUAGCAUCGCAGGAAUUGUGUGUCUUAAGAGUAAUCCCAGCACAGAACCAUGAUGAGCAAAUUUAUGAAACAAAUCUGAGCAUCUUUUUUGCUCAAGGAGACACCCUAGUUCAACAUGUGUCUCCUAGUGACCUGAGCCGCAGCAAGGUGUGAAUGUGCUCAGGCCCUCCGGUCCUUGUUACAGUCCUUGUUACGAGAAUGGAAACCUGUCUCCAUCAGUUGAGGGUGCGACCCACGCAAACCACGCAGUCCCGGGUGUCCCCACCCCGCUGUUUCCAUCGACUCUGUCGGACAGAAGUUUGAGGGGAACCCUUGCCCUUUUCCAUGUGCACUGGCUUCUCUUUAACAGCAUCUCUGCUCCCUAUCUGCGGCUGAGGCGCCCCAGACGUGGCCGUGCAGGAACAGACCCCCCCACCCGCCCAGACCUGGGCUGGCCG